UUCGCGCUUCGUUUUCGUCGCAUAAAAUCGUAAAAAAACUUCAUGUGAAUUUUGCCUCGAAUUAAUCGAAUUUAUCCACCAUGAGCUCACCCGUGCGCCUCGCAUCGUUUUGCCGUCUUUGUUUGUCGAAAACUAAAGAUAAAGUGCCGGUUUUUACCAAUGGAAAUAUACUGGAAAAUCUUUUGCAUUUGAUUGAGAUGCAGAUUGAUCCGGAUGAUGAACCGGACGCAGUCGUGUGCUAUGACUGCGUUGUAACUUUGGAGGGAUUCCAUCAGUUCAAAGAGCAGUGUCAUGUGAAUGAUGAGUUCGUUAAGACUGUUCCGCCCAAACUGGAGUGUUCGGCAUCGUCAGCAGAGAUGGAGGAGGAGGAGGAUGAAGAAGAUAAUCGAGAAGGAGGGGUUUUGGAAGAAAACGAACUCGAAGAGGAAGAUCGCUUGGAACUUAGCGAAGCCGAAGAGGUAUUUCAAGAAAGGCCGCGCCGGUCAGUGAAAUUCAAUAAGAAGAAGACACCCGUAAAAAGUCCUAAGAAGCGUCCUAUCCAAAAACCUGUAAAACAGCGUAUUGUACAAGCUUCUACAAGCAAACGGGAAGAAAAGCAAGCGGAAAGGUCACAUAAAAAAGCCUCACUAGACGAACUACAAGUAUUGGCAGAGUCGUACCCAGAUUUCUUUUACUUCGAGAAGGGUCCUCGCUCAAUUUACUACACGAUAGUGUUCUACGGAGAACGUUUCAAUUCAGCGCUCUUCACCGAGCGCAGCACCUACUGGCAGUGCAUUCAUCGGAGAAAAUAUCAAUGCCCUGCUCAAGUUUGGGUGACUAAUGAUUAUAAGACGUUCGAGCGACGGUACGAACAUACUCAUGGCCAGCUACCCGAGAAAGAGGGACAAGCUUUUACGCCACAUGAGGCCCUUCCUGUAAUGUUCCAGAUUUGUAAGAGAAUUGUUCAACAGAAACGAGCAAAAAACGUGAAGCAGGAGGUGAGCUUCGAAGAUAAAUUUCAGGAGUUCGCUGCAGAUACAUUGGCGAAAGAGGAUGAUGAAGAUGAACCUGCCAGCCCAACAAACGAGUCAAAAUCACCACUAACUGUAGAUGAUUUAGAUUCAGACGAAGAAGCGGAGGUUGUUACCGGUUUAAGACCAAAAAGGAAAAUAAAACCAAACGCUCGCUAUGCCGUAGGAGAAAGUCAGCCAAAAAAGCGGUCGCUUGAACCAGAAACUAAUCCGAAAAAGCAAACAAAAAGUGAACCGAAGAGACUUGAACCAGCCGGUAAGUCAGAAACGCGAGUAGUGAAGAAGCGCGAAUGUAAAAAACGUGAACCGGAAAUUCAAGAAAUGGACGAAGGUGAGCUGGAAGACGAAGACGAUACCAUUGUAGAAGAAGAUUUGGAUCUGGAUAAAAUCGAGGAAGAAUGCGAAGCCCUUAAUGUCCCGAAAAAACCACCGAUUGGCCCCCCGUUAGAUGAACAACUUGUAUUGGCCGACUCGUACCCUGACUACUUCUUCUUCGAGAAAGGUCCUCGUUCCGUGUACUUCACCUUGGUGUACUACGGUGAACGGUACCAUUCGGCCUUGUUUACGGAACAUUAUACCUACUGGCAGUGUCGACAUCGCCGGAAGUACAAAUGCCCGGCUCAGGUGUGCGUCACAAACAAUUAUAAAACGUUCGAACGACGAUACGAGCACACUCACCCGGAUCUUCCGGAUAAAGAAGGACAAGCGUUCACCCCGAUGGAAGCCCUCCCGGAGCUAUUCGAGGGCUGUCGAAAAGUGGUUCUCAAGAAUCGGGCGAAGCGACGGAAGAAGUUGUUGGAUAAGUAUAAGUUUUUGCAAACAGUCAAUCUGUCAACGUCGGAACAGCAAACCUCCAAGACAAAAGGCAAAGUAGAAACUGUUAUAGAAGUAGAAGACGACGAAGACGAAGUUUAUGAUGAACCCAUGGAAGAGGAAAUCAUGCUUAAAGACGUAGAAUACGUCGAGGAGCUGCUAGAAGUGUCAGAAGAUUAACGUUAAGCUGUGUAGACGUGUAGAAUUAUCUAUCUUGAGUAAAAUGUAGAUGUAAGAGUAGAUUUGAUGUGGUAAACUACUAUAAUUUUUGUUCAGUAAAUGUGGUUAAAUUACUUGUUGCUUUUAUAAUUGCACCCAACAGGAUCAUGUUCGACACCUAAUAGGAAAAAAAAAAGUUUAAUAUGGUACAGUUGGUCGGAACAAAUGAACAAAACAUUAUUUUACUUAUAUCACACAACAUUCAAAUCUGGCGUAAUAAUAAAACAUGAAAUAAGGAGUUAAACUAAAUCGUAAAAGUAUAUUUCAGCUGACUUGCAUUAUUUUUUAACAUGGUAUCUACGUGCAUGCUUCUCAACCGACAUUCAAAUGCAGAAAUUCAAAUCAAAUUUUCCGAACUUUCAAAUGUGUUGGUAACUUAAAAAAAUUUGAAAAUUAGCAAAUAUGUUUAAGAAAUCUCUAAAUUCAGAUAAUUGCUUCAACUUCACGACUACAAAUGGUUUCUAAAUGUCUGGCUUGUAAAAUAUUCCAGACUCUUCCUAUCAAUACAUGGAAAAUCACUAAAUAUUUUUGGUUUAAUCUCUUGCAAUACAAAUUGCAUAAAAAUGAAAUGUAAAGGUUGAUUUCUUACAAAAAAUGUGUACAACAAAUCGCACGAGCAAGUUUUUCCAGGAUUAAUAUUUUAGUAUGAAACCUUCACGAUAUGUUUUUCUAGCCCCAGUACAUUUGGAGAAAUAAAGAUU